CCCCCAUUCCUCAUGAUCCAAGACAAUGACAGAAAAAACAACCAUCGCUAUAAUCGGCGCCUCCUUCACCGGCCUCCCCAUCGCCCACGGCCUCCUCUCCCACUUCCACAAAUCCUCCUCUACCAACCCUAUCAAACUUAUCCUCAUUAACCCGUCUCCACUCUUCUACUGGGCCAUUGCCGCCCCCCGCAUCCUCACCAAACCCUCCGCGUUCACUGAAUCCCAAUACCUCCUUCCCAUCGCGGAGGGGUUUUCCGCCUACUCAUCUGAGGAAUUUGAAUUCGUCUUGGGGAAAGCUACCUCUCUAAACCCCGCAACCAAAUCCAUCAUCGUUGAAUCCACACCCUCAUCCUCACCAGACACAAACACAAAUCCAACCCCUGUGACACGGAAUAUAAACUACGACUACCUAAUCAUCGCCUCCGGAAGCAGCACCCCCGCUACACUGGGCCUCACCUCACCAAAGAACACUCAAAAUGAAAACAAGAAUGAAAUCUACCCCGUCAAAUCCCUCCUCAACCCCCAAAUCCAACAAUCAAUCACCCACGCCCAAUCCACCAUCCAAAAAGCAAAAUCCAUCAUCAUCGCCGGCGCUGGCCCCAUCGGCAUCGAACUCGCUGGCGAACUAGGCGACCUAAUCACCACCCGGACUGAAACCCCCCUCUCUGUGACUCUCAUCUCCGCGACGGACCGCCUCCUUCCAUCCCUCAAGCCAAGCGCGAGUAAAGCCGCAGAGGAUAUGCUUCGUUCUCUAGGUGUGGAUGUCAUCAAGGGGAGGAAGGUCAUUACCGCUACCGCUACCCCAGACCCAGACCCUACCAAGGAAGGGAUGGUAGUGGAAUUGGAUAACGGGGAAACACUCACCACGGAGAUCUACAUCCCCACGACAGGAGUAAUACCGAAUAACUCAUACCUUCCGAAAGAGAUACUCAAUGAAGCCGGCUGGGUAAAGGUAACGCCUGAGUUACAAGUCGAAGGACUAGAGAGCGUGUAUGCGGCGGGGGAUAUCACGCACCAUAGACAGAAAUUGGCGUUGAAGGUUGCGGAGAUGGUUCCUGUUGUGGUGGGGAAUUUGAUUCAGGAUAUUAUUUCCGGUUCUGCGGGGAAGAAUGGGAAGACGUAUGUUGAAGGGGAGGGCGUGAGUAUGGUGGUUCCAGUUGGGGAGACCGGAGGGACGGGUCAGUUGUUUGGAUGGGUGCCGUGGAGUUUUUUGGUGAGGGUGGUGAAAGGGAGGGAUUUUUUUAUUGGGAAGGCGAGGGGGGUGGUU